AUGAAUGUUUUAGUCUAUUCUGGUCCAGGUACUACUACUGAGAGUGUUAAACACUGUUUGGAGUCUUUAAGAUUGCAUUUGGCAAAUUACUAUGCCGUUUUACCUGUUAAUGAAACAGUAUUAUUGACUGAACCAUGGAUGAGGAAAACUUCAAUGUUAGUUAUACCAGGCGGAGCUGAUUUACCGUACUGUAAUGUACUAAAUGGAGAAGGCAACAGAAGGAUUACUAAAUAUGUUAAGAAUGGCGGUAGAUAUAUGGGAUUUUGUGCAGGUGCUUAUUAUGCAUCGGCCAGAUGUGAAUUUGAUAUUGGAGGACCAUUGGAAGUUACAGGUUCUAGAGAAUUGGCAUUUUUUCCAGGCACUUCAAGAGGUUGUGCAUUCAAAGGAUUUGAUUAUGAACUGCAUUCUGGUGCAAGAGCUGCAAAAUUGGUGACAAAUACUCAUUUUUUACCAAAAGUUUCUGAACAUACGUAUAAUUAUUAUAAUGGGGGUGGGAUUUUCAUGAAUGCAUCCAGCUAUAAAGAUGUUGAAGUUCUUGCGAGAUAUGAAGAAAAAACUGAUAUCGAAGAUGAUGAUAAAGCCGCAAUAAUAUAUAGAAAAAUUGGUAAAGGUGAUGUGAUAUUGACGGGUAGUCAUCCAGAAUUUACACCGAACUUAUUUAAAAAUGUUGAACCAGGUUUUGAAAAAGUUGUUGAUAAAUUGAACGAAUCUGAUCAAGAUAGAAAAAUUUUAAUGAGAGAAUUACUUAAAAAAAUUGGAUUAAGAGUUAGUGAAGAUGUUGAUUCCACGGUGCCUAAAGUUACUCCAAUGUAUAUUGCGUCACCAUUUGAAAAUAAUUCUGAACAAUUAUAUAAAUUGCUUAAAGAUAAAUUAAACAUCAGUGGACCAUUCAAAGACACUAAUGAUACUUUCAUUUUCCAAGAUGAACAUUCGAACCAUCAAUAUAAUGACACGGAGGAAGAAGUAGAAGAUCCGAACAGUGUUUCAAAAUACAUAAAUUUCAUAACAUCCAACAAUAUCCCAUCAAAUAAAAUGACGCCAUAUUUUAACAUGCAAAAAUAUUUUGAAAACUUAAAGAAGCUAUCAUCAAAUGCUCCUUUAGAAUUUGGUAAUUUUCUUGGUUAUUCUGAAGUUAUAACAUCCACAAAUACAAUUCUUGAUAAAAAUCCUAAUUGGUUGGAACAUCUUCCAAAUGGUUUUACUUUAACUGCUUCUACUCAAAUUGCUGGCCGAGGUCGUGGUGGAAAUGUUUGGAUAAAUCCAAGGGGAGUUUUAGCUACUUCAAUAUUAUUUAAAGUUCCGCAGUCACCUCAAGCCUCGUCUUCUAUUGUUUCCUUACAGUAUCUUUGUGGAUUAGCCUUAAUUGAAGCAAUUUUGGGUUAUGGUAGUGAAGUAUCAGGUAAAGGGAUAGGAUAUGAAGAUAUGCCAUUGAGAUUGAAAUGGCCAAAUGAUAUUUUUAUAUUGAAACCUGAAUAUUUUGAUACUUUAAAACAUGAAGUUAGUACAACUGUUGAUGGUGAUGAUGAAAAAUAUGUUAAAGUUUCAGGUGCUCUAAUAAAUUCACAAUAUAUUAAUGGAACUUUCAACUUGGUAUGGGGAGGUGGAGUUAAUGUAUCAAAUCCUGCACCAACAACGUCCUUAAAUUUAGUAUUGGAAAAGUUAAAUGAAAUUAGAAAAUCAAAUAAUUUGCCAGUAUUACCACCUUAUGAACCUGAAUUGUUAUUAGCAAAAUUAAUAUUCACAAUUGAUCAAUUUUAUAAAGUAUUUAAGAAAUCAGGUUUGAAACCUUUUUUACCAUUGUACUACAAAAGAUGGUUUCAUUCAAAUCAAAAAGUUGAUGUUGAGAAUAAUGGUCAAACAAGAAUUUGUAUUAUAAAGGGGAUUACUCCAGAUUAUGGAUUAUUAAUUGCAGAGGAUAUAGAUAAUAAAGAAGUGUUACAUUUACAACCGGAUGGCAAUUCUUUUGAUAUCUUCAAAGGUUUAGUUUAUAAAAAAAACACAUAA